ACCUUUUACCUUCAAGGUUAACCUACCAGAUCAAUUCGGUCUUUUUCUCCCAUUUUUGAUUCUUUCAUUGUUGUUAUUCCACAACAGUACCCAGGAUCCAAUCUGCACGGUCGUCGCAAUUGAUGAUAGAUACUAUCGUGGAUUGCCGCACGCCGUUAAUACCUAUCUCCUUCUUUUUCUCCUAAUUCUUGGUCGCUGAAAUUAGUCCCUGUCGAUUCUCCCUCUACAUUUCUGGCAAUUAACAACCCACACUUCUGCGACAACGCGACAAUCGAUAUCAUUGUCGCCGCAGUCCCGAUUAUCUCAUUCGCUACGGCUAUUUAGCUUCACGUUGCGCGCGAUUUCCAUCCUAGCGAAGUCGCACGUUGCCUGGCUGACCGUUAACCGUUACCACACGCGCACGCCAAAAUGGGUCUACCACUCUGGCGUGAACCUGAAGACAGCGCCCCUCGUCGAUCUACGACAAGAUCCCCUGCCCAUCCCGUAAUCGCUCGAUCGCCAAUUGCUCAUGUACCUUCACCGCGCCGCACCACCUUAUCUCCUCGACGUCGUCAACUCCGUGAGGCUCGUGAACGCCGCCUACGUCAGAUGAGCGAACUAUUCGACAAUGACGAUGGCGAAACUCAGAGAGCUCCCAACCUUCGUACCAUUUUCGACAGCCCAGAAGAGAGCUAUGAGCCUGACGCGCUUCGUGAUGCGCUUCAUACCCGUACCUACACUCCACCUACUCAAGACGCACGUGCCCUCGAUCAGGUUGUGUCGUACCUGUCAGCCCGGGAACCACUCGUGAUUCAGGACUUAUCUGAAGCGCUUGAUCGUGAGCAAUCGGCUGAGAGCACUAACCCUGAGUCGACAACGUCAGCAAGGUUCGCUAUCCCCCAUGCACCUGAUCGAAGUCGCGACACCCCACCGUAUGAGGGGGUUGGGGACCGUGUGCAGAUGCACUACGCUCCAGUAUCUUUCCCUCUGACUGACGUUAUCCGGGUUCCGACCCGGCGAUCUGAGCAAACCUUGCGUCAUUAUCGUCGUUCCCGUAUCAAUCCCUCUCGUGGUCGGCCUGGUCGGGGUAGACGCAGACCAGGUGUAAGUGUCGACGGCCUAGGCGAUCGUGAUCGUAGCUUGAGCCCUGAGGGUGAUGGAUUGUGGGAUAACCUACUCACCACAUUAACCCCAGAUCCUCAGCCUCCCAGCGUCGGCUCCUCGUUCGCUUCAACUACUGCUUCAACUUCAGCAUCUCAGAAUCCUACCAUUCCCUCAUCUCGCACAUCUAUCACUAGUCCUGGAGAGGCGGCUGAACCCCCUUGUGAUCCUGUUAGCGAACUGGAAGGAUCAUCUGAUGAUUGGCGGAACGGCAUAGGACCAGACAUUGAAGCCCUGGGAGCUAAUCCUACCAGUUCUCCCGACGACUUGGCAUUCAUCUCAAGUAUGCAUGCUAUCAUCCGCCGUCUUGCUUCUCGAGAAGAUAUCCCGGACGAAUGGUGGGAGCGAGCUGGCCUCAGUCGCUCCAUGUCGUGGGAGGGAGAUAACUAGGAACUAUGCAGGCGUUUUUAGGAAUCGGAACAGCCAGUCAUGAUUGCAUUCUAUGAUUACAUUGCGAAGGGCAAAACGGAGUCUUCGGUGGGGAGGGCGCUUGGUGGUUUUGUGGGUUAAUAAUGGCGUUCUGGAAAAUGCUGCACUGUGAACACGAUGAUGCGUUCCACUGAGUUAAGGGAUACUAAACCGGAUCGGGAAGAAAAGGAAAGAAAGGGAAAGGAACCGUACGGUUGGCCUUGUGUCGUGUACUAUCAUACAUAUAGUAUGAGUGCUGAGUUCUAUGUUUGAGUUACGAAGCCCUAAUGUCAGGGCAAGGACAGACUAUGUCCUCUAUACUCAGUACAGGCACCUUUCCGUUGAGGAGGCCUAUACUUAAUAUAAACAUGUUCACUGAA